AUGGCUACUCCCUUUGUUACUCUCGCAUCAUUGCAAGAUACAACACACUACUAUUACAUUCACCCUAACGAGAAUCCUUCAUUGGUUCUUGUUUCUCCGAUUCUUGAAGGUCACAAUUAUCAUGGAUGGGCUCGCUCGAUGUCUAUGGCACUACAAAUGAAAAAUAAGAUUGGCUUUGUUGAUGGUUCCAUUCCUUGUCCAACUGAUAAAGAUCCCAUGGUUCACGCAUGGAAGCGUUGCAAUAAUCUAGUUUUAUCUUGGAUCAAUCAUUCUGUUUCUCAUGAGAUUGCUACAAGUAUUAUCUGGGUUGAUUCUGUCGUUGCGGCAUGGAAGGAUCUCAAAGAUUGGUUCUCCCAAGGUGAUUCUGUUCGAAUUUCACAAUUGCACCAAGAUCUUUAUUCCAUGGAUCAAUCUGAUCUUAGUGUUACUGCAUAUUACACUAAAAUGAAGAUUCUCUUGGAUGAACUUUGCAAUUUUCGCCCAAUUCCUGAAUGUCAAGCUUCUUGUUGUAUUGUUUCUAAGACAAUGAAGGAAUAUCGUGAAAAUGAUUGUGUUCUUUGCUUUCUUAGAGGCUUGAAUGAUAAUUACUCUGUUGUNCGCUCUCAGAUCCUUCUCAUGGAUCCCUUGCCUUCUUUACCCAAAAUUUUUUCAAUGAUAAUUCAACACGAGCGACAAUUACAAUCAAGAACUCUUUCUCAGCCUCCAGUCAUGGCGGCACAAGUUUCUCAAUCUAAACCUUCUUUUUCUACCUUCAAUGGUAGAGGUAAACCCUCUCCUGCCAAUGAUUAUGGCCUGGGAAAAUCUUCAUUUCAAGGUUCUCAGGCUCGUUUCUCAAGGGGAAGGUUUGGUGCACCUCGACAAUGCACUCACUGUGGUAGGACAAACCACACCAUUGAUACAUGUUUUUUGAUACAUGGAUUACCACCUGAUUUCAAAUCAAAAAAGGUCCACAAUGUUACCACAAUUCUUCUACAAUAG